CUCGGCUCUUUUGGUUUAAACGUUUAACCGCCAAUCAUUUGUAACGUUUUAGGAUUAAAAAAAUUCCUAACGCUUUUAUGUUUCAGCCUAGCAAAGGUUUAAGUUGCUGAGAUAAAGUAUAUUUCGGUAUAAGUUUUAAGAAUUUUUCCAAAUGUAUUACUAAAUUACAUGCUGCAAACUCGGUAUUUAAAACGUAUCUGUGAAACGGUCAUACCAAAACUAAGUUCUAAAAACGUAAACAUUAUAUUUAUUGCGAAUCUGUGCUUAUGCUUAUUGAAUUUAUUACGGUUAUGUGAAGCAGAGUCCCUCAAUCGAAGCUAAAAGUGUUCGCAUGCUAAUAUGCACAAUCACAGCGGCUCCAGCAAAGUUGUGGCCACUCUUCGCGCGGACGGAAAUAUUGUGUACCCCAUGGAGCAAUCCAACCUGAUGCACUACGAGAUUCGCACCGAAGGAGAGGUGCAAAACAAGAAGAACAACCUGGUGGGCCCCGCCACAUGCGUAGAUCUUGGCAAACAACUGCUUCAGUGCGCUAGGGACAGCGAUGUGGUUGGCGUCAAGACGGCGCUGGCCCACGGAGCACCUUUCGCCUCCGACUGGCUUGGCAUGUCAGCGCUGCACUUUGCAGCCAUGAACAACCAAUUGGAGAUCUGCGAGAUUCUCCUGCAGGGGGGCAUCAACAUGGACGCCAAAACCAAGGUGGACCGGACGCCCCUACACCUAGCCUGCUAUUACGGCCACGAGCGGGUUGUCAGCUUGCUACUAGCUCUCAAGUGCAGCGUCAAUUCCCGCGACAUGCUUCGCAUGACCCCGCUUCACUGGGCCGUUGAGAAAAGGCACAAGGGCAUUGUGCGCCUGUUGCUCAAGUGCCAGGCAGAUGUCGCAUUAGUUUCCAAGUUCGGCAAGACGCCGAUCGGAUUGGCCGUGUACACAGAACAGGCGGAUGUACUAGCGGAACUCGAGGCGGCACGGCAGGCGCAAGCUUGUAAAAAAUUCAACGAAGAAACGGAACGACAAACGCAUAACAGCAAAAAAGAAACCAGUGAGGCUGUCAACUCAAUAAUGGACGAGCCGGAAAUCACAAAAAGUCUUGACGACCGGGAAAUGUCGGUGGAAGAGCGGAUGGAUGUCUUGGAAAACUUGAGAGGCCAUACUAAUGUGCUGGGCAACUCGGCGCUAAACAUGCUAAAGUCGCACGGAAUCGCAGACAUGAUGCAGGAGAACGACGACGAGGCCUCGAAAGAAAUGUUGAAUACGGCACUGCAGAACGGUCGCCAACUUGUCCUCUCGGAAGGUGGCCGUAUGCUGCUGCAUGAAACAAAAGCGAGCCUCAGCGCAAAACAAUCUGUAAACGGCACCGCAAGGUCUCCGACCGUCGCCCUCCGCCCGAACGCCAUCAACUCUCCUCCUCAGAAAAUACGCAUGAAUAUCAUAAAGCAAAAAGAUAUUCAGCCGCCGGCAGGGGUAACCAAAAACAAGAAUAUACGCAUAAUCUCGUUGACUGAUUUUAAGAAGCUAUGCGGAUCGGACAGUCAGACAAAGUCUUUACAAAAAAUACCAGCGUCCUUGGCAAGCUCUGGAAUGGUACGUCAGCUUCCCGAUGGCACCAAGCUAGUCAACAUGCGCCAUCUUCAGGCUCGACAGUUAAAGCUGCCGUCGCUGAAUAGACCGCUGGAGCCCACCACAAUAUUGGAUGAGUCGCAUGGCAUAAACGAAGCCGUGGUGCAAAAUACACUGCCUACAAACCAUCCAGCAUCCGCUAGUUCGCUGAGAGGGCAGGUGGGCACAGUGCAGACGAUACAACUGAAGCCCUCACUCACUGCGGGACCUGGACAGAGUGCUACUAACAACGGUCAGCCGCAAAGCAAACCAUUCACCAGUGCGACAAAGUUACCUUCGGCUAAGUCUCCAAACGUAUUGCCGCUGCUAACGUCUUCCGAGAUUUGUCGUCAGCUCCACGAGCUGCGGCGUCAAAACGAUGAAUUGCGCCGGCGCGCGGACUCCUUUCAGCGAGAAAAGGAGGAAAUGCUCAGGCGAAUCAACCGCCUGGAGCAACUGGUCUUGGUUCGAGAGUCGGAAGCCGACAUGGAUUUUGCGGACGAAAUGUAGCAAGAGCUAAACUAGGUUUAUUGUAAAUACGUUAAGGUAGUAUUUAAGCCAAGUUCAUUAAAUAUUGUUAAGUGCA